CCCUAGGCAAAAUUUCUUGCUCGCACUGAAGCUCAGUGAAAAAUGCUUCGUUCGUGUGACGUGUAGAUUUUAUUCGUAAAAAAAUAACAUAUUGACAAAUUUAAACAAUGGAAUAUUUCAAAAGUAGUAUAAAAUCCGUUCUCGGUGCUCCGGAUCCAGGAACUCAGCCGUCCGGCGCUGACACCGUUGAAAGAUUGGUUGACCGGCUACAGUCUUCGAGUUUAUUGGAUGACAGAAGAGACGCUUGCAGAACUCUCAAAGCUUUGUCGAGAACUUAUCGCAUUGAAGUUGGUGCUCAAGGCAUGGAUACAUUUCGACAAGUUCUAGUAAUGGAUAGCACGGACUGUGAAAUCGUUGGUUUGGCCCUCGACACAUUAUGCAAUAUAACUAGUCCUGAGACUUUUGACGAAGAAGUUGAUAAACAUGGCUCAAAAAGCGUCAUUGGAGAACAAUUCACCGAGAUAUUCAUCAAACAACAAGACAGUGUUGGCUUGGUGUUGGCUUCCCUGGAGGAAUUUGACUUCAGAGUUCGCUGGCCAGCGCUUAAAUUAUUAUCAAAUUUACUUGCUAACAGACCCAAAGAUAUCCAAGAAAUAAUCCUGGUCAGCCCUAUGGGAGUUUCCAAACUGAUGGACCUUUUGAGCGACAGUAGAGAAGUCAUUAGAAAUGAUGCUUUACUACUACUGAUCCAAUUGACCAAGGGAAACGCAAAUAUUCAGAAAAUCGUUGCAUUCGAAAAUGCUUUUGACAGAAUAUUCGACGUUAUAACACAAGAAGGAGGAACCGAGGGUGGAAUUAUCGUUGAAGAUUGUUUACUUCUCAUGUUGAAUUUACUUAGGGGCAACAUAAGUAAUCAAAAUUUUUUCCAAGAAGGCAGUUACAUUCAACGGCUGACUCCCAUGUUUCAAAUACCUACGGACAUCGAUGAAAGUCCUUUGGGUGGUUGGAGUCCGCAGAAGGUUUCCAAUGUACACUGCAUGGUUCAAGUAAUACGAGCCCUCGUUGCACCAAGUGCCCCAGCCCAGGCCAUAGCUGCGUGCCAACGAACAAUGCGAGCAUGUGGACUUCUACAGUCUCUUUGCGACAUUCUAAUGGCAAGUGGCGUGCCAGCGGACGUAUUAACCGAAACUAUAAGCGCUGUUGCAGAAGUAAUAAGAGGAAAUACGACGAAUCAAGAAUUUCUUGCAAACGUUUUGGCACCGAGCAGUCCUCCGCGACCGGUUAUCGUAGUAUUAUUGAUGUCAAUGGUGAAUGAGAAACAACCGUUUCUACUGAGAUGUGCCGUGCUUUAUUGCUUCCAAUGUUUUUUGUAUAAGAACGAAGUGGGGCAAUCGCAACUGGUCCAAACCUUAUUGCCUCAGGGCAACGAAACUCCAACUUUAACUACAGGGCAAUUAUUGUGUGGUGGUCUUUUCUCGCCAGAUCCAUUGUCCAACUGGUUUUCAGCAGUAGCCUUGUCGCACGCACUCAUUGACAAUAUGACUCAAAAAGAGCAACUUUUGAGAGUACUUUUAGCUACGAAUAUCGGGAAACCACCAGUGACACUUUUGCAACAAUGCGUCAUGUUGUUGCAGCAGGGUAACAAGCCCCAGUGCAAAUUGGGCUUGUUAAUUUUACUCUGUCGAUGGACUUCAUUCUGUCCCGCAGCCGUUAAGGCUUUUCUUGCUAUAGACUCCUCCGUUGCGUAUUUAACGGCGCUUUUAUCUUCCAACGAAAAUAGCGAAGAACUACAAGAAAUUUUGCUACAAAGCAUGUGUGCCUUUUUGAUAGGAUUGUGCAUUCAUUUCAACGACGACGAUGUACCAAAUUAUACGAAGGACCAUUUGCGUGACUUGCUGGAAAAUCGCAUCGGAUUAGAAAGGUUUCAGAAUGCCAUAGGCGGCAUAGCAAGGCAUGAAAUAUAUUCGAGGACACUCAAACAUCCACAGCCUUCUGCCAAAAAUCCGGGUGAUCUUCUCUUGGAUCAUGAAUUUUGCAGACUACUAAAAACUCUCGAAGGUACGAUACUCGAAUCAGUGCUAAAACGAAGCAGCCCACAAUCUGUAAAAGAUCAGGCGAAUUCCAUGAAUCCUACGAGUUCAGUUUUAGUUGCUCAAUACAAAGAUCUGAUAAGAGAACAGGAUGUACAGAUACAAAAAAUCAGUGAAGCCAAUCAAGUUCUUACGCGAGAAAAAAGAGAUUUGGAGGCUCAAUUACAUGAACUUCAAACGACUGUAAGCCACUUGAAGGAUCAGAAUCUAGUAUUACGCGCAGCUCAAACAAAUUUGUCGGCGGAGAAACCUGCGGUGGUUAACAAUGUUGACGCGACGAGCGAAGAAUUAGAGAAAUUAAGAAAUACCGUGAAAGAUUUGGAGAAUCGAUUGGCAGCGAGUGAGUUGAAGAAUCAGGAACAUGAAAGAAAAACAAGUGAUUCAGCUGAGCUGAAGAACCAAUUGCAGGAGAAAGUCGAAGAGCUUGAGAGAUUGAGAAAAGACCAGGAAGAUUUGUUAGAACUAAUGGCAGAUCAAGACAGCAAGAUUACGAUUUAUAAAGAGAAGCUCGAAGCUCUAGGAGUUAAGGUCGAAUCGGACGAAAGUUCGGGUGAUCUCGAAACCGACGAUCCCGAAUAUUCUCCACCAUAAUAGAGUGAAUUACUCCAGUUGCAAUCGAAAAAAUAAACUUGAAGCCGCCAUGUUUCCAAACUGAAUUUUUGUACGAUACAGUAGACGAAUUGAUGAGUCGAAUAAUUUUUAGGACCCUACAUAAAACGUCAUUAUUUUCAUGACGACAUUCCUAUUGCUGGGACAAUGCAAUUAUAAAUAUAUAUAUAUAUAGAAAAUCAGUGAAUAUUAUCGUUAUGCACAAAUAAUGAAAGCACAAAGAAAAACGAUUGAUUGGAAUGUUCACUUGGUGAAAGUACCCGAAGAUUUUAAGAAGCGCAAAAGUGACGUUUUUCCCAAAUUCUCCGUGUACACUCUGUGGAGUGAUUUUUAUUUUUAUUGUUAAAUAACUUAUACAACUAUCACAUACUA